AUGGAGGAUGAGGACACGUCGUUGUAUGCACCAUAUCUCAAAAUGUUGCCUAAGAAUUUCACAACGCCAUCAUAUUCGGGUCAAACGAUAGAUCCUAGUCAUUUACCGUUGUCAGUCCGAGAGUACUGGUGUACGCAACAAAGAGAUCUCGAAGAAUCUUGGAGAAGAAUCAACGAAGUCUUCCCAAAUAUUAGUCAUGAGAAGUUCUUAUGGGCAUGGCACGUGGUCAACACUAGAUGUAUUUAUGUGGAGAAUAAACCGCACGCGAGUGUUGAUAAUUCGUUAGGAGAUACCUUGGCUGUUGUUCCGUUUGUCGACAUGCUCAAUCAUGACCCGAGCGCACAGGUAACCACUUCUCCUUCUUCCUAUUCAUUUUGCUUGGAUUCGAUACUUUUCGUGUGUAUGUUUCAGUGUUUGGCUACAUUUGAACGAUAUUCGAAGAAAUACGUAGUGCGUGCAUCGCAUUAUAUACAAGAUGGUCAACAAGUGACUGUGUGCUACGGACCGCAUGACAACGCUCGGCUAUGGCUAGACUUUGUUCAUCGCUUUAGCAAGAAAACUCGGCCUAACCGUUUCAUCAGCGCAUGA